AUGGUUUUGCCAACUUUUAAAAGUUCAAUUUCUACUCAAAUACCAAAGACUUUUAAGUCUAUUAUAUAUUCGUCACAUAAUGCUGAGGAUCCAACAAAGGUACUAUCGAUACAGAAUUAUACCCCAAAGGAAAAUUUAGAGGAUUCUAUAGUUUUACGUACUUUAGCCUUUCCAAUUAAUCCAUCCGAUAUCAACCAAUUACAAGGUGUAUACCCAUCUUUACCUGAAAAAACUUUAAAUUAUGAAACUAAAGAACCUUCUGCAAUUGCAGGAAAUGAAGGGUUAUUUGAAGUGAUUCAUGUCCCUAAAAAUGGAUCUGCGUCUGAUAAUGUUGAAGAUUUGAAGCUAGGUGACUGGGUUAUUCCAUUACAAGCAAAUCAGGGGACAUGGUCAAAUUAUAGAGUAUUUAAAAAUCCAGCUGACUUGAUUAAAGUAAACUCUUUAGAUUUUUUUACUGCCGCAACUGUUUCUGUUAAUGGUGUCACUGCAUAUCAGUUAGUUAAUAAUUAUGUUGAUUGGGAUCCCUCAGGUAAUGAAUGGAUUAUUCAAAAUGCAGGUACAUCAAUUGUAUCUAAAUUGGUCACUCAGAUUGCUAAAGCAAAGGGUAUCAAAACAUUGAGUGUCAUUAGAGAUAGAGAUGAUUUUGAUAGUGUUGCCAAUACCUUGGAACAUAAAUUUAAAGCUACGAAGGUUAUUUCAGAGACACAAAACAAUGAUGAGUUGUUUAGUAGACAUGAAUUACCUAAAAUAUUAGGGGCUAAUUCAAGAGUUAGACUAGCUUUGAAUUCUGUGGGUGGGAAAUCUAGUUCUUCCAUUGCAAGAAAAUUGGAAAAUAAUGCACUAAUGCUGACAUACGGAGGUAUGUCAAAGCAACCAGUCAUAUUACCAACGUCAUUACAUAUUUUUAAGGGGUUGACUUCGGCAGGUUUUUGGGUUACAGCAUUGAAUAAGAAGAAUCCAGAGAUGAAACGUGAAUCUGUUAAAGAAUUUACUAAGUUAUUUGAAAAUGGUUAUAUUAGAUCACCAAAGGACGAAAUAGAGACAGUGACAUGGGAUACAAAUACGAUGUCUGAUGAUGAAAUUCUUCAAAUAGUUAGAGAUUCUAUAGUUAAAAAAGGUAAGAAACAAAUGGUGGUUUUGAAAUGGUAA